AUGAAGACCCCAUUCAAGAGCCCAUCGGCCCCGCGGCCCCGACCAGACGGGGGUCAUUCAGGCGUCUCUGCAAACAUGAUGAAGAAGAAGAAUUCACACAAGAAGCAGAGGACCAGCGUUGGUCCCAGUAAACCUCUGGCUCAGCCCAGGAGGAACAUCGUUGGCUGCAGGAUUCAGCACAUCUGGAAGGAAGGAAGUAAGUCGUCCCAGUGGAAGGGGACGGUCCUGGAUCAGGUUCCUGUCAACCCGUCUCUCUACCUGAUCAAAUACGACGGCUUCGACUGCAUCUACGGUCUGGAGCUGUACAGUGAUGAGCGGGUGGUGGGGCUGGAGGUGCUGCCGGACAGAGUGGCUCCGGCCCGUGUGAGCGACUCCCUGCUGGCGGACACGAUGAUCGGUAAGGCGGUGGAGCACAUGUUUGAGACGGAGGAGGGUCCGAAGGAGGAGUGGAGGGGCAUGGUGCUGGCCCGAGCCCCCAUCAUGACCGCCUGGUUCUACAUCACCUACGAGAAAGACCCGGUGCUCUACAUGUACCAGCUGCUGGACGACUACAAGGAGGGAGACCUGCGCAUCAUGCCCGACUCCAAUGACAGCGUGGCGGCGGAGCGUGAGCCGGGUGAGGUGGUGGACAGCCUGGUGGGGAAGCAGGUGGAGUACGCCAAAGAGGACGGAGGGAAGCGGUCGGGGAUGGUGAUCCACCAGGUGGAGGCCAAGCCCUCCGUCUACUUCAUCAAGUUCGACGACGACUUCCACAUCUACGUCUACGACCUGGUGAAGACUUCCUAAGAGCGGGACGGAGAACAGACUUACCGAAACCUGCCUAGACACACUCACCACCU